UUCAACGUCAGUGUGGAUCGUGUACAGCCUCGGAUAACGGGUACUACGAUUCCGGUGAAUUUUCUUGAUCUUACGAUUGAGCGAUCUCUUAAGUCUCUCAGAUAAGAGAAAAAAAUCUCAAAAAUUGUUCGUCCUCUCAUAGAUGUGCGAGACGGCAUCUAAUAGUGCGCUUAAGUUGGCCGAGUGCGCCCUCUCAUUGUUGUUCGUUAUUGGGUACUUAAAGUGGUGUUAUUUUACGAUCCUCCCUUAAUAAUCCGAAAGCUUCUAGCAAAUCGACCGCCUGAACAUGAAUGCAAGUAGCACCCUCCUAGUCCUCAUUGCUGCUGCUGCAUUGUGUCACACGACGGUCAGGUGCAUGGCGAUUACGGAGUCAUGGAUAUGCACGCCUUGUGCAUCACAGGAGGAAUGCGAUAGAAAUCCUCCGAAUUUAUGCAUCUGGGGUGAAGCUAGAGAUGCGUGCAACAGGAGGAUUUGCGCAAAGGGUCCCGAUGAGAGGUGCGGAGGCUCUUUCAACGUCCUGGGAGUAUGCGGGGAGGGAAUGAUGUGCAAACCCGAUGAGCGCUGCCACGGUUGCUCGAUCCAAACAAUGGAGUGUUCGAAGAUUUAUUAAAAAAUCUUUUGGAUUUUUAAAUAAAUCGCCAGGCUGAUUUGUUUGUUAUUGAAGACCCGGUUGAUGAUGGUAGGGUUGUUUUAAUUUUUAUUAUAAGAAGUUUCUUUAGGACCUACGAAAUUUAGGAUUGGUGAUGGGGUAGUUUAGAUAUAAACUAAAAUUUCAAAAAUAUUAUUUAUUACACUAGACAUAUUUUUCUAUUAUUUGUAUAUAAAAUUCUAGAUACUUUAUUCGUUUUAGCAUUAGUACUUACCUGAUUAUGCGCGUUUUUUAUAAACAUUCGUUUUAAAGAAACUUUGAAUAUCAAAAUGCUUGGUUUAAAAGGCUGGUUAAACCAAGCGUUAAUUUUAAAGUUUAAACAACGGGCUAGUCAUCAACCAAAUUGUACUUUUUUUUGUAUUAUUUUUAGUUUUUAUAUUUCCAAUUGUGAUAUUAUAUUAAGUUAUUUAUAAUUGUUUGAACAGUAUUGAGUUACAGGUUUAAAUUAUUCCCCUGUAACAGACACUUAUUAGGUUUAAGUUCAGUUUUUAGUAUUAAAAAAAAUUGUUUUUCUUGUGUGAUUUUUUUAGGUCAAUUUUUCUACUUAAGAUUAUCUUAUAACGACCUGAUUAUUGACAUACUGUGACUUCUCUUAGAAUAGGAUUGAACGCGAAUUGUUCAAUUGUAUUGUGAUAUGUAAUGUAAUGCAAACAAAAAAAAAUUAAAAAAAUUGUUGCGUUCUGUAUGUAUAUGCAAGAAAGAAACGCAUUUUUAAUUGUAAUGCAAAAAAAUGUUGCCAUAUAUAUAAGUGUGUCCUAACAGUUAAUAGACGCAAGUUUGUAUGUA